ACAAUGAGGGGGAGGAGGAGGAGGAAACGUCUUUUUCUGAAUGAGAGACUCCUCCCUUGCCGGGAGCAGAGCCGGCCAGGCGAGGGAGGAAUUGUAUGCCUGCGGGGGCUGCCUCCCAGCGGAGCGGUGGCAGGGUCGGGGGCAAAGUCAUUCCUAGGCAGGGGCUUUCUGGGGUCCAGCCCCACCUGUGCCUCUGUUGCCAAGGAGGACGGAGGAGGAGGAGGGGCCCCAGCCCUGCCCCGUCCUGGGGGACGCCCUGGCCAACAGCAGAAUUUCCUGCUAGUUCCCACGACCCCCUGGAAUGGCCGGUGCUGGAAGAAGCAGACCUACGCUGGGCCAGAUGCUGCAAGGGAGGCGUCCUUGGGUGUCCAUGGGUCAAUCCCCAGGUCUGGGUGUCUUCCUCCUGGGAGAUUACUGAGCCUGAGCCCGGGAGCCAUGGAGGCCGCUCUGCUCCUGAACGUGGAGGGGGUCAAGAAAACCAUCCUACACGGAGGGACCGGGGAGCUCCCAAACUUCAUCACGGGGUCCCGGGUGAUCUUCCAUUUCCGCACCACGAAAUGCGACGAGGACCGGACAGUGAUUGACGACAGCAAGCGUGUGGGCCACCCCAUGCACAUCAUCAUCGGGAACAUGUUCAAGCUGGAGGUCUGGGAAGUGCUGCUGACGUCCAUGCGGGUCGGCGAGGUGGCCGAGUUCUGGUGUGACGCCAUCCACACAGGGGUCUACCCCAUCCUGUCCCGGAGCCUGCGGCAGGUGGCGGAGGGCAAGGACCCCACGGAGUGGCACGUACACACGUGUGGGCUCGCCAACAUGUUCGCCUACCACACGCUGGGCUAUGAGGACCUGGACGAGCUACAGAAGGAGCCACAGCCUCUGAUCUUCGUGAUAGAGCUGCUGCAGGUGGAGGCCCCGAGCGAGUACCAGCGGGAGACGUGGAGCCUGAACAACCAGGAGAAGAUGCAGGCAGUGCCCAUCCUCCACGGAGAAGGGAACCGGCUCUUCAAACUGGGCCGCUACGACGAAGCCUCCAGCAAGUACCAGGAAGCCAUCGUCUGCCUGAGGAACCUGCAGACCAAGGAGAAGCCCUGGGAGGUGCAGUGGCUGAAGCUGGAGAAGAUGGUCAACACCCUGAUCCUCAACUACUGCCAGUGUCUGCUCAAGAAGGAGGAAUACUACGAGGUGCUGGAGCACACGAGCGACAUCCUGCGGCUGCACCCAGGGAUCGUGAAGGCCUACUACGUGCGGGCCCGGGCUCACGCGGAGGUGUGGAAUGAGGCGGAGGCCAGGGCGGACCUUCAGAAAGUGCUGGAGCUGGAGCCGUCCAUGGGGAAGGCGGUGCGCAGGGAGCUGAGGCUUUUGGAAAACCGCCUGGAGGAGAAGCGGGAGGAAGAGCGGCUCCGCUGCCGGAACAUGCUGGGCUAGGGUGCGGAGUGGGCCUGCCCGGCCUCCCCUGGGUACUUCUGCAGCUGCGCACACUUCCUCUAGAACGCUCUCUCAAGUCCAUGCCACUCCCUUCUGGGCAGGACAACCACUGGAA